AUGACCGCCUACUCCACGCCUGCCCGCCAAGAGCUCUUUCCACAAUCGAUGACUGCUUUUGGUCCCCGUACCCAGCCAUCUGUCGAUAUGUACGACAAUAGGACACUCAAAAAGCUCGCAACUCGCCUCUCUUUCGACAAGAUGCCCGAUCCUCUGCGUGUGCCCAUCACGCCCUAUGACCUCGUUUGGGGAUGCCCGGUCGAGCCAGAGCUGCAAAAACACGAUCAUACGCCAGCCCUUCAGGCAGAAGACGAUCGUCAGCUCCGUUUGGCAUUCUUGAUGGGAUUGGCAUUCACUAAAGGGAUCGAUAAAGAAUCCGCCUGGAAGUCCAUCGAAAAGGUGUAUAAAACUGCUGGAGAUAUCCCUCCCUUCACUUUGGGGGACAUUUAUGACUGGGAUUCCACCGAAGAAGAAGAAGAAGCGGACCUCUGGCUCAUACCUCCCGCGACAUCUUCGGAUCCUCAUCAUGAGGCCUCAGUCCCCACCGAGGACAAUGACGUUCCUGCGAUCCGAUAUGGCGGACCACUCCCUUUCACACUUCCUUUCCGAUUGGAAGAUUAUGUCUGGGUUUCAAAUGAGCCAGAUCCAGCUCAGGAGGGACGACGGAAUCCAGAUGAGGCGAAUAACCUUCCGGUCGAGGAAGAGUUGCCAGUCAGCCUUGGCGCAGCCAACGCUCCCCGACCACUGUCCAUUCUCGAGAGACUGGACCUCUUGUUCAACGAACAAGCGGUAGAUGCACACGGGCGUUUCGACGAAGUCAAGACCCGCGUUCCCUACAGUGACGACUCGAGUGACUCUGCCUACGAUCCUAUGUCUCGAUCCUUGGACACCAUUGUGACGUUUGACUCUCUUCGUACGAUUGCCGAUAUCACCAAUAUCCAUAAUACCGUUACCGUCUACCUUCCUGAAGGGAGCAUCACUCCCGAAAGUGUUGAUCGUGGAGCCAGGGGGCAAGAAGUGAACUACCGAGAGAUCUCCCAGUUCGCCAUGAACAAGGCUAAGGAGAUGCUUUGCAAGCCCAUGCUCAUUGGGCAGUCGAGGGGCGUCGCACUACGUACAGGCUGUGAAUCAAAAGUGCCACAAUCAAUUCCAGGCCUUCCUCCUCCAGUUUACAGGAUAUUGUGUCGGUCUUUCAUCACUCGAGGUGUUGUUAGCGCUGCUCUCAGGGCAUUGUAA